AUGAACGGAAAUUCUAUGAAUGAUGGUUGUAUCUCGGUCAAAAAACCAAUUGCUGAGCAAUAUCCUCACGUUGAUAAUGAACAAAAUGAAAACUCGAUACAAAAUCAAUCUGCAUUAGCACGUUUUGUUCAAAUUACUAACAAAAUGAAGAAUACACCAACGACUCCAACGCAAUUAGAAUAUUCAUGGUGGUCAACACAUUCGAUUGCAAUAGCUGUGGGUGCAUUUGCUCUCUUCAUAGUAUUAACAAUGAUUAUAGGCAUAUUGAUAGUUAGUCUAACCUCUCCAAAACCAAAAGUCCAAAAUUGUCAAUUGAAUUUUACAAAAACAAGUGUAAAUCCAAUUGAAUAUAAUUUUCGUCCUCGAUCUGUCGCUGUUGGCAAUUUCAACAAUGAUAAAGACAAGUGGUUAGAUAUUGUUGUUGCUAAUCAUGCUAUGGAUAGUAUAUCUGUAUUUCUUGAUUAUAAUAACGGUAUUUUUGCAAGUCACAUAAUAUAUCCGACCGGUUCAUACUCUGCUCCAUACAUGGCUGCACUUGGUGAUUUCAACAAUAAUGAUCAGAUGGAUAUUGCUGUUGCUUAUUUUGGCAUUAAUAGCAUAGGUAUAUUCAUCGGACUUGGAAAUGGAUCUUUUACCAAUAAAACAAUAAUCUCAACUGGUUCAUCUCAUCCCAUCUGGAUACAUGUAGCUGAUCUCAAUAGUGACACAUGUAUUGAUAUUGUUACUGCUAAUUAUGGAACCAAUAGUAUAAGCAUUUUUUAUGGAUAUGGUAGCGGAAGUUUUUCAAAUUCAAUUACUUAUUCAACAGGAUAUGAUUCUUCACCAUUCUCAGUUAUCACUGGAGAUUUGAAUAACGAUAAACACUUAGAUCUUAUUAUUGCUAAUUAUGGUACAAAUAAUGUUGGUAUACUCCUUGCAAAUGGCAAUGGUGAUUUUUUACCUCAAAUGAUAUUAUCGACUGGUGUCAAUUCCCAUCCAUAUUCGAUCCUCGUUGAACAUUUUAAUGACGAUCUUCUUUUAGAUAUUGCUGUCGCCAAUUAUGGAUCUAACAAUGUUGGUAUACUUCUGAAUAAUGGUAACGGCAAUUUUACAAGACAACCAACAUAUACACUUAAUACUUCUUCUCCAUAUUCCAUUGGUGUUGGUGAUAUCAACAAAGACAAUAGACUUGAUUUAGUCGUUUCUAAUAAAGGCAUCGAUAACAUUGGUGUAUUAUUAGGACUGGGCGAUGGGACUUUUUCUAAACCAAGGAUGUAUCGGACUGGUUCUUCUUCUUCAACCUCAGUAGCUAUAGCUGACUUCAAUAAAGAUAAUUUACUAGACGUCAUCAUCGUCAGCAACGAUACCAACAACAUGGCUAUUCUAUUUGGUUAUGAUGAAGGCUUUCAACCGACAGAGAAGUAUCCAACUGGCAGAAGUCCACAAUCGAUAGCUGUUGGUGAUUUUAACAACGAUUCUCGACUAGAUAUCGUAGUCGCUAAUACUGAUGACGGAAACAUAAGUGUACUUCUCGGAUAUGGUAAUGGUUCUUUUGCAAAUCAAAUAACAUAUGCAACUGAUUACUGGCCAUUAUCUGUAGCUGUUUGUGAUUUUAACAACGACACUCGACUGGAUAUCGUUGUUGCUAAUAAUGGUGCCAACAAUAUCAGUGUACUUCUCGGAUAUGGUAAUGGUUCAUUUACAAAUCAAACCAAAUAUAAAACUGGCUCAUCUCCAUAUUCUGUAGCUGUUGGUGAUUUUAACAAUGAUGCUCGCCUGGAUAUCGUUGUUGUUAAUUAUGGUAACAGAAAUAUAAGUGUUCUUCUCGGAUAUGGUAACGGUUCUUUUGCAAAUCAAAUAACAUACUCAACUGGCUCUGCACCAGAAUCUGUUGCUAUUGGUGAUUUCAACAACGAUGCUCGACUAGAUAUCGUUGUUGGUAAUUAUAUUGACGGAAAUAUAAGUGUUCUUCUCGGACAUGGCAAUGGUUCUUUUGCAAGUCAAACAAGAUAUUCAACUGGCAUACAUCCUGUCUCUGUAGCUGUUGGUGAUUUCAACAACGACCAUCGAUUGGACAUGGUUGUUGCUAACUUGGAUGGCAGAACUAUAAGUGUACUUUUCGGAUAUGGCAACGGUUCAUUUGCAGAUCACAUUGAGUAUUUAACUGACCUUUGGCCAUCUUCUGUAGCUGUUGGUGAUUUCAACCAUGAUAAUCGACUGGAUAUCGCCGUUUCUGACAGUUAUAGCGAGCGUGUAGGUGUAUUUUACGGAUAUGGCAAAGAUUCUUUUCUAAAGCCAAUUACGUAUGACAGUGGCGUUUUUCUAAAUGCCAUAGCUAUUGGUGAUUUCAAUAGUGACACUUGGCUAGAUAUUGUCACUGCUAAUACGGCUGAAAAUAAGGUCGGUGUAUUACUUCAUUAUGCUCAUGGAUCUUUAGGAAACGAAAUAACAAUUGCAUCUGGUGGUGGCGCUCGCCUACAAUAUAUUGUUGUUCGUGAUCUUAAUAAUGACACCGUACUAGAUCUUGUCGUCGUUAAUUAUGGCACUAAUAACAUAGGUAUCCUCUAUGGAUAUGGUAUUGAUGGAUCUUUUUCAGAGCAAAAGAGGUUUUCAACAGGUUUAAAUUCAAAUCCAUAUUCCAUUGCCAUUGGUGAUUUCAAUAAAGAAGGUCAACGCUAUUUUGCUGUAACUAAUUAUGGAACAAAGAACAUUGAUAUGCUCCUUGAAAAUCGAAAUGGUUCAUUUACACGUCAAGAACCUUAUUUGAAUUUGAGUUUUGCUCCUUUGAUGGUCGCUACUGGUGAUUUCAAUAAUGAUGGGCAAUCCGAAAUAGUUGUCACAUAUGAAAAUGCUGAUAUUAUAGAUUUAUUUGUCAUAUUUGAUAGUGGCUAUUUUACAAGCCAAAAUAAAUAUCCAACUGCUGGUUCACCAACAUCUGUAACUGUUGGUGAUCUCAAUAACGAUACUCAUAUGGAUAUUGUUGUUGUUAAUUUUGAGUUUCACACUGUAGGUGUACAUCUUGGAUAUGGUAAUGAUUCUUUUUCAAAUCCAACAACGUAUUCAACUGGCUAUUAUCCACGCUCUGUAGCCAUUGGUGAUUUCAACAACGACGGUAAACUGGAUAUCGUCGUUGCUAAUAAUGCUGUCAAUAUUCUAGGUUAUGUUAAAAGUAUAAGUAUACUUCUCGGAUAUGGUAAUGGUUCCUUUGCAAAUUCAAUCAACUACUUCGCUGAGUCUUCUCCAUAUUCCGUAGCUGUUGGUGACUUCAAUAAUGAUGCUCGACUGGAUAUCGUCGUUACCAACAAUGAUAACAACACUGUAAGUGUACUUCUCGGAUAUGGUAAUGGUUAUUUUGCAAAUCAAACAACAUAUCCAACUGGUAGAAGCCCAAAAUCGGUAGCUGUUGGUGAUUUUAACAACGAUUCUCGACUAGAUAUCGUAGUCGCUAAUACUGGUGACAGAAAUAUAAGUGUACUUAUCGGAUAUGGUAAUGGUUCUUUUGCAAAUCAAACAACAUAUGCAACUGAUUACGGACCAUCUUCUGUAGCUGUUGGUGAUUUCAACAACGAUGAUCGAUUGGACAUCGUUGUUGCUAAUGGUGGUCGCAGCACUAUAAGUAUACUUCUCGGAUAUGGCGACGGUUCAUUUACAGAUCAAACAACACAUCCAACUGGCAGCGGCCCACGAUCGGUAGCUGUUGGUGAUUUCAACAACGACACUCGAUUGGAUAUCGUUGUUGUUAAUGCGUAUGACAACACUAUCAGUGUACUUCUCGGAUAUGGCAAUGGUUCAUUUACAGAUCAAAUUACGUAUUCAACUGACCGUGAGCCAUCAUCUGUAGCUGUUGGUGAUUUCAACAACGAUAAUCGACUGGACAUUGUCGCUACCAAUUCGUUCGACCUAUCUAUAAGCGUAUUUCUUGGUUACAUCAAUAAGGCUUUCCGAUACGAAAGGAAACUCAUAACUGGUAAUGGAUUUCUUCUGCGAUCACUCAUCGUUAGUGACUUUAAUAAUGACACUCAUGCAGAUGUCGUUGUCACAAAUUCAGGCACUAAUACUAUUAGUAUUUUUCUUGGAUUUGGUAAUAAUUCUUUUACAAAUCAAACAACAUUUCUAACUGGCUCUCGUCCAUGGUCUUUAGCUGUUGGUGAUUUAAACAAUGAUUUUCAAUUAGAUAUUGUUGUUAGUAAUGUUAAUGAUAGCAGUAUCAGUGUGCUUCUAGGUUAUGGUAAUGGCUCUUUUGCAAAUCAAAGAACAUACUUAACUGGAAAUAAUUCUCAACCAUAUUCGGUUGCUAUUGGUGAUUUUAAUAAUGAUAGCUUAUUAGAUGUCAUUGUCGCUAAUUAUCUAGCUUCUAAUAUAGUUAUAUUCGCUGGAUAUGGUAAUGGUACUUUCACAGAUCGAAAAGAAUAUCCACUUAGUCGCGAAUCUUUACCAUUCCUUGUUGUUGUUGGCGAUUUCAACAAAGAUAACAAAUUGGACUUUGCAGUCGCUAAUAAUGCUACUGACAAUUUAAAUAUUUUCUUACAAAUUUGUUAA